AUGUCCUCCUUCAGCCUCUGUCUCCGACGAACUCUCCUUCGUCAGUUUUCUUCAACUCCCUUACGUGCGCAAGUCCCGUGGUUUAUAGAAGAACCAGAACAAAUUUUCUCGACACCUGCGCCUUUACAACGUCUCAAUCGCGCUCGUCCCAUACCGGAAGAUGCGCCAAUAGUUCUACGCGACUUACACUCCCAGCUCCUGCAGUCACCUCAUCUUGAACCCUCAGAACUCCUUAUUACUCGGGCCGCAGAUAUUAGACCGCCUUUGGGAGCUGCUUUACCUUUACGCCGCCCUCAGGGUCGUCGCAAAAGAGGAGGUACAGACGCGGGUGAAUCGAUGUAUGACAUCCCUGGUUCGUUAUGGAACUGGAUGGUCUUUGCCCAGGUCAAAGAGGGAACGGAAAGCAAAGGUGCAAUUGAAUCUGUUGUGAGAGUUGUCAGGAGGACGCUCCUACAAGUACACCCACCCUUACCUCUCCCACCAAAUUCAAAGCGAAGAAUGCAAAAUGGCUGGGCAAUGAUAGAUGGUGGAGACUUUGCAGUUCAUGUCAUCAGCAAAGUAGCACGAGAGAAGUACUUUACAAAAGGACUGUUGGAAUAGCCUUACACCCCCAAAUUUAUUUCAUGAUAUAAUAUUACAAUUACGACCACUUCACGUCGACGGCUGCGUCAGAGAUACCACCAGAAAUUUUGCAUAUCGAGCAACAUUUAUACAUAACUCUCCACAGACCC